GAAGACGAAAAUGGCAGCGAUCUGAACCGUUAAAUCUCUGAUUCUCUUAUGAUCAAGCGGUUCACAUUUGACACGGAGCUAAUUCCUUACCCGCGUCCAACACAAAGGAGUAUAAUCAACAGAACGUGACGCUAAUCUCGCUUUCUCAUUUUCGUUUCACUUCCCGCAACACGCAAAUUUUUUUUUUCCCCUUAUUUUCCUUCGCUGCGAAGGUUCCUCUCUAUUUCCUCUGUGAGUUCGCUUUCUAUUUUCAUCUUCACUUCUCUGCGAUAUCGCCGAUGUUAGAAUCGGAGCUUCACGAUUUAUCCGACGACGCCGAUUACGCCGCUUCGCAGCAACAAGGUUCUGCUAGCGUCAUGCUGCGAAGCGACAGUACUAAGGUGAGCUCGCCUCAUGAGCGGGACGAUGCUGAGAUUGUGUUUUCGAAGGACAAUGUGGCAAUUCAUCCAACGCAGUUUGCAUCAGAAAGAAUUAGUGGAAGGCUGAAGCUGUUUAAGCAAGGCACUUCCUUGUUCAUGACUUGGGUUCCUUACAAAGGCCAUAGCUCAGAGGCGAGCCUUUCUGAGAAAGUGAGAAGCCUUUACACCAUAAGAGCGGUGCCCUUCACUGACAUUAGGUCCAUCCGGAGGCAUACGCCUGCACUUGGAUGGCAAUAUAUCAUUGUUGUUCUAUCAUCAGGACUUGCUUAUCCUCCACUGUACUUCUAUAGUGGAGGAGUCAAAGAAUUCCUUGCUACAAUUAAGCAACAUGUUCUUCUUCUGAGAUCCGGAGAAGAUGCAAAUGUGUUCCUUGUGAAUGAUUCUCAUCAUACACUGCAGAGGACUUUGUCUUCUUUGGAGCUGCCUAGGGCUGUUUCUGUUGCAUGUGGACCUUCAGUUGAUGAAACAAAUUUGAAUGAGAACCAAGAAAGGACUGAUAGUGGUGCCAAUAAUCUAAGUGCCAGUGUUCCUCAAUUCCAUGGUAGACCAAAACAUAAAGCUCAUGAUCCUCGGGACCUUUCUAUUCAAGUGUUAGAGAAGUUCUCUCUUGUAACAAGAUUUGCUCGUGAAACAACAUCUCAACUCUUUGGUGAAAACCAGAAUAAUGGGUUCAGUGGCUAUGAAUCCUGUUAUUCCUGUUAUCCCAGAUCCCCUUACUGUAAGCAAGAGAAAUUCAUGGUGUCAGUUGCACGAUCAUUUUACACCGUUGUUACGUUUUUACACAUCUUUUAUACCUUGAAUAUAAAUAAAGUUAGAAUGAACAAUGAAAUAGCAUCCUUUGACCAGUAUGUGAAGCUGGAUAAAUUAUCGCUAGUAUGGGGAAAACCACGUCAACCCCCAUUAGAUUCUCAAGAGUGGAUGACUUUCUUGGAUUCUGAAGGGAGAGUGACAGAUUCAGAAGCUUUGAGAAAGAGAAUAUUUUAUGGUGGACUUGAGCACAAUUUACGAAAAGAGGUUUGGGGCUUGAUUUUGGGAUACUAUUCAUAUGACUCAACAUAUGCAGAGAGAGAAUUCCUGAAGUCAGUUAAGAAGUCGGAGUAUGAAACUAUAAAGAACCAGUGGCAGAGUAUCUCCAAGGCACAGGCUAAAAGAUUUACAAAAUUCAGGGAAAGGAAAGGUCUUAUUGAGAAGGAUGUGGUGAGAACUGAUAGAUCGCUUGCUUUCUAUGAAGGGGAUGAUAAUCCAAAUAUCAUUCUUAUGCGCGAUAUCUUGUUGACAUAUUCAUUCUACAACUUCGAUCUAGGUUAUUGUCAGGGAAUGAGCGAUCUUUUGUCUCCGAUAUUGUUUGUGAUGGGUGAUGAAUCAGAGGCAUUUUGGUGUUUUGUUGCUCUACUGGAGCGUCUUGGACCGAACUUUAAUCGUGACCAAAAUGGCAUGCACUCUCAACUGUUUGCAUAGUUGGUGGAGCUACUGGAUUGUCCAUUGCAUAACUAUUUCAAGCAGCACGACUGCCUGAAUUAUUUCUUCUGUUUUCGUUGGAUUUUGAUCCAAUUUAAAAGGGAGUUUGAGUUCGAAAAAAUAAUGCGGUUGUGGGAAGUGUUGUGGACACACUAUCCAUCUGAGCAUCUGCACCUUUAUGUAUGUGUGGCUCUCUUGAAACAACACCGUAAUAAGAUAAUGUGGGAAGGAAUGGACUUCGACAACCUUCUCAAGUUUAUAAAUGAACUUAGCGGUCAAAUUGACCUCGAUGCAACCCUCAGGGAUGCCGAGGCUCUCUGCAUAUGUGCCGGCGAGAACGGUGCAGCUUGUAUACCGCCUGGAACCCCACCAUCCAUGCCCAUUGAUGACGGUUCUUUCUAUAACCAGCUAGAUGACGAAGUUCUGUAAAUAACUCUUAUCAAUUUUCUUUAGUUAUACAUGAAUAUUGUGUAUUUCCCUGAUUUGGUUAAAUACGGUGUUAACAUAAAUAAGACACCUGUUAAUUCCCCUUGCA